UUGGAGCCCCCUGAUUUAGAGCGCAGACCACCCCUAAUCGUUCUCUUUUCUCGUGGUUCUCCGCCAUCUUGGUGAGAGAGAAUUUUCAAGCGGAGCCAUGCAGAUUUUCGUGAAAACUCUGACUGGGAAGACCAUCACUCUUGAGGUUGAACCCAGUGACUCAAUAGAGAAUGUGAAAACAAAGAUCCAGGACAAAGAGGGAAUCCCUCCUGACCAGCAACGAUUGAUAUUUGCUGGCAAGCAGUUGGAAGAUGGACGUACCCUCAGUGACUACAACAUCCAGAAGGAAUCAACUCUUCACCUUGUGCUGCGACUGAGAGGAGGAGCAAAGAAAAGGAAGAAGAAGAACUAUACCACCCCCAAGAAGAUUAAGCACAAGAAGAAGAAGGUUAAGCUGGCUGUCCUGAAAUACUACAAGGUGAAUGAAAAUGGAAAGAUCACUCGUCUUCGACGGGAAUGUCCAAAUGAGUCAUGUGGGGCUGGAGUUUUCAUGGCCAGUCACUUUGAUCGCCAGUACUGUGGAAAAUGCUGUUUAACAUACGUGUAUAGCAAGGCACAGGAAGGCAAAUAGAUGAAGAGUUUAAAUUAAAGAAACUUGAAUUUCUGUA